AUGCAAGGCGCCCGACUCCUGCCUGCUCAUAUCGUUCGGUCCUGUCGUCUUAUCGCCGGUCGUCGAUACCCUCUCGCUUCGCCCACGUCCUACCGGCACUUCCAUCAGUCCCUCCCACGAUCCUCUCGGUCUCCCUCAGAACCCAAUGGCUCUUCGAAUUCAAACGAGGACGCUUCCAACGAGAUACCGCCGGCCGAUGUACACAAUGCUUCGUCCGCGGAAAAUGCAGAACCCGGGAUUGGUAAGCAGUCAUCAAUUGGUCGCAAAAGCUACGUUUCCAGUCUGCGUCGCGCCAUGAAAGAUAAAAGAGGCCCGCUCGAGAAAGCUCCUGUUAAUGUCAGCAUACCGCAAUGGUUUUACGAUCGAAAUGUUGCACUGUUCGAUAGCAAUGAAAAAACCAAAAAGUCGCAUACUCGUCCCGUAGUCAUUGAGGUUCCCCAGAAAAUAAAGGAGAAGAAUGCUCAGGCGGAAUCAACCGGCGGUGAUAAUGGUGACAAUACUGGCCGGCAAGAUUCUAGUGAAGAUCGCUAUUUACUGAAGUCAGCCGUGUGGAGACAAUUGCAAGCCUCAACGAAGGCUGGAUUCAUGCUUCCGUCAGAAGAAUAUGCCAAUCAUCCCUCAGCUGAAAAGUCGCACCUUCUUCUCCAUUAUCCUGGUGAUGACGGAAUUGUGUUUCUAGAUGCCGUGGUUCAGAAGCUGGCACAUGAUUUUGAAGCCAAUUUAGUGACGUUGAAUGCUCAGGAUAUAGCCCAACUAUGCAGUGAACAGGAGAGGCUUCACGGUGCCACCUUGUCUUCAAUUCGAGACUUGGGCUAUGAGGUCUAUAACGAAUCCCCACCUGAACUGCCAGAAAAACAGGAUUUGGCUGCAAACAACACAGGCACUCCUUUACCCUUACCUUUUUCCGCCCGCACAACCGCGUAUACAGCUUCGGGUCCCGACAAUCAGAUCGGCCGCUUAGCCCAAAAUACCGAGUCCACGACAUGGUCACUCCUGAUCAAUCAGAUUUUGUCAACAACGCCUAAAUCAGUAGCUACCAAUGCAGGUGGCGAUGCUAGCUUUCCCAACAACGAAAAGAGGUCGAGUUCCCAGUCGAAAUUAAUCAUUCAAAUACAGGAUUACCUGGACUUGUUAGCAUCUCGAGAGGGUUCCAAGUUCAUCAAAUUACUACAAAAUACAAUUCAAAACCGCAGGCGUCAUGGUGAACAGAUUCUUCUAGUUGGGACGCUUUCAAAGUAUAAAUAUGAAGCUCCUUGGUUGUACGGAAGUUCCGAUGCAUUCAGUGCCGAUCUAUUAAGGCUGCAGUCCAGCACUUCAGACAGUCCUUUUGCUCGAUGUAUCAAGAUUUUUCCUUCCACAUCUUCGAAAACCGUCAACCAAAUCUUUGCGGGAGACCGCAAAUCCCGCAAGAUGCAAAUAAACAUACGUCAUAUACAGGACAUGAUACGUACUCGUGUGAAUCAGAAAUUUACUUCUCUAGACAACGACAUUUUUGAUGAUGCAUUGUGGUCCUCGAAUGCAACCUUAAAGCAGCGUCUCCAGUCUAAGUAUUGGGACUUCAACCGUGUGCACGCGCUCGUGACUUCUGCCAUGGGUCGCACUCAACUCAAUGACACAUUUAGCCUAGAUCAUAUUCAGCAGGGAUUGCAAACCAUCGAGAAAAGCGACCUAUGUCAUGAUCAAUGGCUUUUGGGGCCAUCAGCGUCAAAGAAGCGGGAUCCUGCUAAAGAGGCGACCGAAAAAUUCAAUGCGAGACUGGCAGUAAUAAAACAAAACGCUAAUCGGUAUGAAAAGAAACUUUUCAAUGGGAUAAUUCUACCCCCAAACAUUCGAACAACCUUCGCCGACGUGCAUGUGCCGCCCGACACCAUCGAGGGCCUGAAAACACUAACUUCUUUAUCUUUGCUACGGCCCGAGGCCUUCAAGUACGGCGUCCUUGCCACGGAUAAGAUUCCUGGCAUGCUUCUCUACGGCCCACCCGGCACUGGUAAGACCCUCCUUGCAAAAGCAGUUGCACGAGAGAGUGGAGCCAUAAUGCUGGAGGUCAGUGGGUCGGAUAUCUACGACAUGUACGUCGGAGAAGGGGAAAAGAAUGUCAAGGCCAUCUUCAGCCUCGCCAAAAAGCUAACUCCCUGUGUGGUUUUCAUUGAUGAAGCGGAUGCUAUUUUUGGGGCGCGAGGAGCAGGCGCCUCCAGGCAAAGAACGAGCCAUCGAGAAAUCAUAAACCAGUUCUUGCGCGAAUGGGACGGGAUGAAGGAGAUGUCAGCAUUCAUUAUGGUCGCAACCAACCGACCGUUUGAUCUCGAUGACGCUGUCUUGCGACGUCUUCCUCGGCGAAUGUUGGUCGAUCUGCCCACGCAAAAAGACCGAGAAUCGAUUCUCCGGCUGCAUCUGAAAAACGAGCAGCUCGAUGCGUCGGUGGACCUUUCCGAUCUAGCCGGACGGACGCCUUUUUACUCGGGAUCCGAUCUCAAGAAUUUCUGUGUCGCUUCAGCGCUUGCGUGCGUCCGUGAAGAGUACGACCAGGCAACGAAGCACACUGGCGAAGAGCCGUACAAAUACCCGGAGCAGCGGGUUCUCACACGCGCACACUUUGAGCGCGGCAUCAACGAGAUCAGCGCGUCCAUCAGCGAAGACAUGUCGUCUCUCCAGGCGAUCCGCAAGUUCGAUGAGAAAUACGGCGACCGCAAGGGGCGGCGGAAGAAGAGCGCAGCGUGGGGAUUCACCCCGCUUGGCGCUGCUCCGGAGACGGGGGAAACUGGUCGCGUGAGGACGUGAUAGAUGUAGGCGGCUUGCUGCACUGCACAGUUGUAAUAAAUAACUAGAUGUUGGCUGUAAUUAGCAUGCAGCGGUGUAUUAUUAUCGUUACGAGCCAAGUUAUAUACUAGUCUGA